AGGAUGAUGGCCGUGCUGUGUGUGUUGUUUGAUGCAGCACGGGGCAAAUUGUGCUCGUGAAUGGAGCAGUGAAGCGAUAUUUCUUUAAAUUCAGCGGUAAAUACCGUACAGGGGCGUACGACAUAUGGACGUUCCCGGCAACAAUCGCCCGGUAUGGUGGCACGCAUCCGGGGACCCUUCACUGCAGUAUGCGUCAUACGAAUCCAACGGGACUCAAACGGAUGACGCGGAUGCCGUUGAAGUGGUCCCAGUCACAGUGUUGCCGGCGUGUCAGUACAUGCCGUCACCGCCUACACCGUUCAGGUCGUCUCCAUCAAGAGUCACGUCUCCAGCGGCUGUGUCUGCUGAUGAGGAGGCUGAUGUGUCUACUGAUAACAAUAAUAAAGGGAGGAAGAAACGAGAAGAAAAGCUUUUGAGGGCAGUGGGAAGAACUGUUGCUGGCACUGGACUUGCCUUGAUCAUAGCUGGAAUGGUUAAUGCUGCACUGGGGAUUUAUGGUUACACCAUUCCUGGAAGUGGAAAGUAUUAUCUGGGCUUUGGAUUACUCUCAGGAGCCACAACAUGCAUUGCUGGUUGUGCAGGAUUGAGAGCAGGACAGAAAUUUGGGGACAAACACUUUGUCAGAGGUUAUAUCCUUCUGGUGGGCUUCAGCAUGAUGACCACACUGGCUAUGCUGACACUGAGCUACUUGGCACUUGUCAGACAUCCUGGUUACACUGUGGAUGCCUUAGCAGGAUCUGUUUCCUGUCUUGGGGUCCUCACUGCUGUCAUUGACACCCUUGCACUGGCCCUGUGCUGUUGCUACUGCCCACCAUCAUCAAGCACUUCCAAUAUCAGAUCAGCCUCCUCUUCAUCCAAAAGAGUGUUCAAGGAUCAUUUCUGCUGGCUUCCAAUAGCAAAGCAGAGGCUUGCCAACAGUAUUUCUGCAGUUGCUGUUAAAAUUGACAAUGUCACAUCAACUCUACCAUCCUUCCCCAGGUCAUGAUGUGUAUAUAUAGAGUCACCCAUAGUUCUUCAAUCUGUGGUCUGUGAACAAAUGUUGAUUUUCAACUCUAUUUGACACAUUCCUGAAUGUAUAAGUUAAUUUAGGAACAGCUAUGAUAUUUGAUACUUCAG